UUUUCGAAAAUAAAUUGUUGUCUGUAAUAAAUGAUGGAGGUUGACCCCAGAGUGGGCUAUUUUGAUUAUGAUUUUGAUUAUUUUUGUUGAUUGUGUUAAUAUUGUUUAAAUUAUUGGAAUUUUGCUUAAAAAUUUCACUGACAGUUGUCUGAAUAAUUGUUUCAAUUGAUGGCUUUAAUAAUUCUGCAACCAUCACAGCUAUCUGCGAUAGCUGCUCUGGUGAUAAGUUUAAGUUUGGCACAAUUGUAUUGUCAGAAGAAGAGCUUUCCAUUGAAUUUGAACGAAUACGUUUAUUUAAAUUGGGCAUUAUUGAUUGAUGGUUAUUUUGUGAAAAAAGGAUGGGAGUGAAAAAAGGAUGGGAGUGAAAAAAGGAUGGGAGUGAAAAAAGGAUGG